ACAAGCUGUCCGGAACCGCUGAGUGUGUGUGUCUGUCUCCCCUCUCUCAGGUGUACACCUCUCACGGCCCUACGGUCGUCAUGCCAACCUGGUUCUGCUCCAGGGAUUGGUUCCAGCGGGUCGGAACCUUUGACGAGGGCGGCAAGGGAGUUCCAGAGGACCUGUUGUGGUUCUAUCAGAGUGUUGGUCAGGGAGGAGGUGUGGUCAGAGUGGACCAGUGUUUACUAGUCUACCGCUACCAUCAACAAGCUGCUACACACUCUGUCCUGGAGGAAACCAUUUGGAACCUCCGUGUGGCCUUCCUCCAGGAGAGAGUUAUCAACCAAUGGGAAUCCUUCACCAUAUGGAAUGCUGGGAAACAGGGCCGGAAACUCUACCGCUGCCUCAGUUCCUUCAAUCAGAAGAAGGUUCGAGCGUUCUGCGACGUGGACGAGAAGAAGAUCAAGAAAGGCUUCUACACCUAUGAGGAGUCCAAGGAGAGGCCCAAGCCUCAGAUCCCUGUGCUGCACUACAGAGAUGCCUCUCCACCCUACAUCAUCUGUGUCAAGCUGGACAUGACCGGAGGAGUGUUUGAGGAAAACCUGAAGUCUCUCCAUCUGGAAGAAGGAGUUGACUACUACCACUUCAACUAACACUCUGGGAUGGAGAGGAGGGGACUACUACCACUUCAACUAACACUCUGAGAUGGAGAGGAGAGGAGGGGACUACUACCACUUCAACUAACACUCUGAGAUGGAGAGGAGGGGAGGGGACUACUACCACUUCAACUAACACUCUGAGAUGGAGAGAUGGAGGGAUGGAGAGACAGAUGGAGAGAUGAAAGGAUGGAGAGAUGAGGGGAUGGAGAGAUGAGGGGAUGGAGAGAUGAAGAGAUGGAGAGAUGAGGGGAUGGAGAGAUGAGGGGAUGGAGAGAUGAAGAGAUGGAGAGAUGAAGGGAUGGAGGGAUGGAGAGAAAGAUGGAGGGAUGGAGAGACGGAGAGAUGAAGGAAUGGAGAGACAGAGAUGGAGGGAUGGGGGGUCUGGUAGAUUGUAAUGAGUGUUUGGAGGGUUGGAUGCUGAGAAGGAUAGAUGGACUAUGACAGUCAUCUGGUGUGCGUGCGCCUGCCUGCCUGCUAUUUAGUUAGUGUAAUAUGUGUGGCAGCAUGUCCAUGUUGAUCGUGGAGAUAAAUAUAACACUUUUUCAAACAUGUCCUCUGAAA